AUGCUUGUACUAUUACUCAGCGAGAGUGUACGAACGUCAUUCACAUCAUCACCUUUUCAUCAGUUCAAUGAUUUCUUCUCUUCUGUCGAUCAUCGACUCGCCCGUCCGUUUUUCUUCCUCGAUCAAACAAUUUGCUCAACAGAUACUAUUGGAGGUCACUUAUUUUUUUGUUCUUGUAAACACUUGUCAAUUGUUUAUUAUCUUUUCAUGCAAAUUAAUCUUUACUAG